CAGCAGCCUGGUUAUGAGGGUAGAUGAAGAGAGUCAGGUGGUCACAGGGAACAGCAGACACUCAGUCAGGCUGGAGUGCAGACAUGAGGAGAGUCAGUCUUUUACAGAAAAAAGUCACCAAGAAGGCACCAUUGCUGCUGGGAGCCCUUUUCGUGGCUGUUUACCUCUACAUAGUCCCUACUGGCCAUAAUAUCUUUCAUCAAGGUGUAGGACAGGAAAACAGUCAACUGUUACCACCUGUCCAACAUACCUCCCAUGGAGUCCUCUUCCAAAGUUGUAAACAAAACAUGUCUGCUACCAGCAUUGAAGGCUUCAGCUCAUUCCCUGAUUCUAUGAAAGACUUUCUCCUCCACCAACACUGUCAACAUUUCCCCAUGAUACUGGACCUUCCAGACAAAUGUGGAGGAGUUGAUCGAUCCUCUGAUGUCUUCCUUCUGCUCGUCAUCAAAACCUCCCCAGGAAACUAUGACCGCAGAGAAAUACUGCGCAAGACCUGGGCCAAUGAGAGAUUACAAAACGGUGUGUGGAUCAGACGGAUCUUCAUCACAGGAAUUACAGGCUCUGGUUUUGAUAAGGAAAGACUGAACAGAGUUCUUGAGCUGGAGCAUAGUCAGUACAAAGACAUUCUUCAAUGGGACUUCACUGACACAUUUUACAACCUCACCUUGAAGCAGGUACUCUUCCUGAAUUGGAUGGAAAGAAACUGUCCAAAGGCACGCUUCCUGUUAAAUGGAGACGAUGACGUCUUUGUGAACACGAAUAAUGUUGUGAUGUAUCUCCAAAGCCUGAAGGACAAUGAUGGAAGCAAACACCUCUUUACUGGCUGUAAAAUAGAACUCAUGCCACCCAUCAGAGAUCCAUGGAGCAAGUACUUUGUUCCUGUUCAGCUAUAUAAGUCUGAAGUGUACCCCCAUUAUUGCAGUGGAGGGGGUUUCAUUUUAUCUGGUUACACUGCUUUGGUCAUACACAACAUGUCCAAGUCUGUUGCCCUUCUUCCCAUUGAUGAUGCUUAUAUGGGAAUGUGCCUGGCUAAAGCAGGACUUAGUCCUAGUAGGCAUAUUGGGGUGUUGACAUUUGGACUGCACUUUCCCUCUGACCUAGUCGAUGAUUAUGACCCUUGCCUUUAUAAAGAACUUCUUCUGGUUCACAGAUUCCUGUCAGAGAAAACAUAUUUUAUGUGGCACAAAAUAAAUGACCCCAAUCUCAAAUGCUUUGGUAAUGCAAAAGUGUGACCAUCAGGUGACAGACCAGCACCAAGAUAUACCUACUUUAUGACUACCUUUUCACAACCAAGCCAAUGAGGAAAGUUGUACCUUUAAAACAUGAGCAAAAUAACAACACAAUUCUCGCAAGUGGUGCAGUGGUUAGGGCUGUUGCCUCACAGCAAGUGGGUGUGUGGUUUCGAAGCCCUGGCCAGGUAGGAGCCUUUCUUUGUGGAGUUUGCGUGCUCUCACCAUGGAUGUGUGGGUUCUCUAUGAAAUGCUCUCAAAGACGUGCUUAUCAGUUUAAUUGGUGGCUCUAAAUUGCCCAUAGGUGUGAGUGUGUGCAUGAAUGGUUGUUAAUCUCUUUAUGACUCAAGCUCCUCUUCCAUCCUGGUAAACACUUCAAAUUUCGUGCUGGCUCUGCUAUUGUGGUAUCCAGUGUAAACAGGAAAUGAUAAAUGACUGAUGCUGCAAAGACUUGGGUUUAGCCAAUCACAAACAAGUACCAUGGUCCUACCCUUUCCGGUUUCGUGAAAUGUUUUUGUGUUUUUUGAAAUU